ACAGCCUUCUGGUUGACAGUUCAUCUUUCGAAACCAAUGGUGAUGGGAAUGGUCAUCUUUCCCAGCUGCUGAUGUGUGAGUAAUGACAUGUAUUCAUCACAAUCUGUCACCGUCGCUUCACGCGGUGAUACAGGACUCUCCCACUGCCCAGUCCGAGAUAGCCGAUGGAGUUGAUGCGGGAAUGCAGUCAAAGAUAAAAGAAAUCAUCGAAAAGCAUGGAUUGCAUCCCUCCUUUUUAAUGUCUCCCACAUUCACUGAGACAUGGGGCUGCCAGAUGAUUGCUUAUAUGCUUAAUGCUGUAUUAUAUGGUGCAUCUUUGAUACUCACUCUCCACUACUUCCGUUCCUAUAGUCAAAUUGAUUCUGGAGGUGUGCAAACUAUGUUCAACCUCUUUGGAACAUUGCAAUUUAUCUUCCUUAGUCAUCAAGUGUACACCGACUAUGUUAUCAGGUUUUCUCAGAUAGCACAGUUGGAUGACAUUGUUGUCUCUGGAAUUGUAAGCUGCAUAUUUCUCAUGAAGAGACUGAGAUUAUCUGUUUGCUCAACCAAACAAACAAGCUACAACUACUUGCUACGUAUCUGACAGCAUUUACUGCUCAAAUGUGAAGGGUUUUAAACAAGUAUUUUGAACAUUCCUGAUGGAUGCAUACCUUAGAUUUUUUGUCACAAGAAUCUGGGCCUUGUCCCCACCUACAAUUACAAGAAAGCUGAUGUACA